AUGUCGCGUCAAGGAGCUAGGACGUCGAGUCCGGAAUUUCGGAAGCCUCGUUUCAGACCGAGGUCGACGUCAAUCGCGGCUAGAAAGAGACAGACUCCGAGUGAUAUCGUUUCAACUCCUCUUUCUCCUAAGUCUCUACAGCAUUCGGAUGAUUCUUCCCCUUUUUCUGAUCCCACACUUUAUAGAAGUCUUGUUGGUGGUCUUCAAUACUUGACAUUUACCUGUCCAGACAUUGCCUUUGCAGUUAAUCAAGUAUCUCAAUUUAUGCAUUCUCCCUUAGACAUCCACUAUACUGCUGUAAAAAGAAUUUUGCGAUAUUUGCAUGGUUCACUGAGUCACGGUUUAUUUAUUCCUGGUGGUUCUAUUGACAGUUUACACUGCUAUAAUGAUGCAGAUUGGGCUGGUUGUUCUAUAACUCGUCGAUCCACUGCGGCCUACUGUAUCUUCCUUGGCCCGAAUCUUAUUUCAUGGUCCUCUAAGAAGCAGAAUGUUGUUUCCCGAUCAAGUGCUGAAGCUGAAUAUCGCGCAGUUGCUCACGCAGCUGCUGAAUUCACAUGGUUACAUUCUCUUUUAAAGGAACUUCAUGUUUCUUCUUCUUCGCCUUCCACAAUUUUCUGUGACAAUAUUAGCAGCAUAUAUUUGGCACAAAAUCCUGUUCAACAUGCUCGUACCAAGCAUGUCGAGAUUGAUAUUCAUUUUGUUCGUGAAAAAGUUGCCGCUGGUAUUCUUCAAGUCCAUUAUGUCCCUAGUCAAGAUCAACUUGCAGAUUUAUUUACCAAGGCACUUCCUUCACCGCGAUUAUUGUUUUUGCGCAACAAGCUCUGCAUUCUUCCAGACCAUGCAUCGCUUGAGGGGGCGUGA